UGGUCGGGGAUUCGUCACCGACUUCAAGCUGCGAAAUUAGGCGUUCCUGAACCGCCUUUUAAGACAACACAAAGUUCACGCUUUUAACAUGUCUGGAGUUCUCGCACACUCAUUCCCAAGGAGGAGGAGAGGAGCGGCGAAUGCGAUGGGGAGGAUCCUCCUCAAGGCCUUCGCCUCCUCCUCUUCCUCCUCCGCCGCCGCCUCCGCCACCGUGAAGCGCGGCGCCACCACCGGAUCCGCGGCGGAGAAGCUCGCCACUGUAGAGGAGCCCACCACCUCGAACGCGGCCACUAGCCUCCUCAAGGCCUUCGCCACCUCCUCCUCUGCCACCGCAUCGCCGCCUCUUACCAACCCUCGAACUUCUCUGAAGUGCGCUACGGCUUCUGAGGUGCUUUCGCAGCUAAACAAAGCAGCUCCGGAAAACCCUAAGCCAUCACCUGCGCCUGUGGAAAACUCGGCGGUGGAGAUUUCAAGUUUUAUAUCAUCCAUUUUACGUGGUACUGCUGAUGCAUCCAGUUCCUUUUCACCAGAACAAAAUAAUAGGACACAGAUGAACAACAUCUUAGACAUACCUUGGUUCUCAAAUGCACCUACCACCUGUACGAAUCAGUGGAGAAAGGAACUUUCAAGAAGUAGAAAAGAGAAGUUUAUUUUCAAGAACACUGAGUCCCGCCGCUUCACAAAACUGAUGACAAUGUGUGCAAACAAACUAGGGACUGAGACUACUCUUGAAUUCUUCAGUAAAUUGGGAAGAGAAACGGGCGUCAAGGAAUAUGACGCCUUGAUAAAAGUUUGCAUAGACAAAGCAAGAUGUAGUAGUAACGAAGAAGAUUCGUUGGUCCAAAUUCAUAAAGCCUAUCAACUUUUUUUAUCCAUGAAAGAUAGAGGUAUUCAGAUUGAAGAGGAGAGUUACAGUCCAUUUCUUAUAUACUUGAUCGAUAUGAAAAUGGUGCAAGAAUUUCAGAUGUUCAGUAAGUUUUUCAAAGAUGAGAAUCCAAGAUCCAAUUCCAGAAUAGGUUAUUAUGAGAUGCUACUUUGGCUUAGAGUUGGCAAUGAAGCCAAAAUUCAGGAACUUUGUCGUUCUGUUGUGGUUGCUAGUGAUGAAGUCAACUAUGGCUUAGCAGAGAGUUAUUUGUUGGCAUUUUGUGAAAGCGAUAGGAAAACUGAGCUUCUGCAGUUCUUAGAAGUGCUAGGUAUCAAGAAAAUAUCUUCUUUAAAGUAUGUCAAAAGUAUCUUUAAGUCACUGGGGAGGCUUAAACUGGAGAGUUUUGCAGAGAGGUCCCUUUUGGAGCUCAAGGUGAUAGGAACUGAAGAUGAAAAUAUUUCAGUUUUAAUUUUUGAUUAUGCCACUAGCAUACCAAAUUUAGCGGUUGAAAUGAUUAUAUCAAAAUUCAGUACUUUGCACCAGAGACUUGCACUAAUUGCCUCCUCUGCAUCAUAUGACAAGCUCAUCGCUUUGUGCUGCGAUAUGUCUGAGGUUCAAAUGGCCCUUGACAUAGUUGACCAUGUGGUUCAGGCUGGCUUGAAUGUCUCAAUUGAGUCCUUUCAUCCGAUCAUACAUGCUUGUGAGCAAAGCUGUGACCUUCAAAUGGUUCAUCCAAUAUAUUCCGUGAUGUGCCAGCAUAACUUGAAAUUGAAAGGAGACACCUUGAAAAGCAUGAUAACUUUGUGCGUGAAGAUGAAAGAUUUUGAUGGUGCGUAUAAUCUACUGUCAGAUGCCAAAGAGAUGGGAGAGAUGCCGACUGCAAGCAUGUAUAAUGUGAUUUUGGCUGGUUAUUUUAGAGAGAAAAAUAAUUAUGGAGUGUCAAAGGUUCUCAAGGACAUGAAGAGUGCCAAUGUGAAAGCAGAUGCAGAAACAUUUAGUUAUUUGAUUUUUAAUUGCGACAGAGAAGAAGACAUCAUCAAGUAUCAUGAUCAAUUACGACAAGCCGGGAUUCAAAUUACAAAGCAUGUUACCAUGGCGCUUAUUAAUGCUUUUGCGAAACUUGGAAACUUUGAAAUGGCAAAACAGGUUGUAUUGGAUCAUGAGAUUCCAUCCAUGCAAGUGAUUGAAAUUAAAAGUGCACUCAUUUCCGCGCUUUCCUCAAAUGGACAAAUAUCUGAUGCACUAAAUAUAUAUGAUGAAAUCAAACAAGCUAAAUGCAGCAUCGAUCCAAAAGCUAUCAUAAGCCUAAUAGAACAUAUUCGCACUGAAGGUGAAGUUGAUAGAUUGUGUAAGCUUCUAAACAAGUUGAAUGAUUUGACCACCUGGUUUGAUGGCUGCGGCAGAGUAAUCUUAUACUGCGUUGACUUUAACCAUGCCACUAUCGCUAUUGAUUUACUGAAGCAACUGAAGAUGAAAGAUGAGUUGAGUGCAUAUAUGGUUAUUGAUCAGAUGUUUAGUCAUAUUUGGGAAACAGAGCCUGUAAAUUUAAAAAUCGGGAUGCAGCUGCUCCGUGCUAUCAAGGAAGAGCUUGGUCUUCAACUCUCUCGAACAAGUCUUGAUUUUCUUCUUAGUACCUGUGUGAAAGCGAAAGAUGCAAAAUGCGCAUGGGAAAUAUGGUCGGAAUAUGAAACUUCAGGCCUUCUGUACAACGUCUUGACUUUCUUGAGGAUGUAUCAAGCUCUUCUGGCAUCAGGAGAGAAGGAAGCUUGGAAAGCUGCAAAGGAGAUGGUGAAGAGAGUACCAAAGGAGGAUGCCCAUGUACUCUACAUUUUGAAAUCUUGUAAAUCAACUUACAGACGAGAACCUAGGAAAGCUUCAUCUACGGAGAGGGAGAAUUAGUCCCUAUUACGUGUUAUUUCCAUUCGUAUAGAAGCUAAUGUGUUCUUUUCCUCUUUUUCCUUUUUUUCUUUUCUUUUUUUUUUUUUUCUUUUUUCCCUUUUUGGGUUAGGGUGGGGGGCUAAGGCCCCGAGAUAGAAUGUCAGUUGCACCAUUUUUAGAUAUGAAAUAGAAUGAAAUUUUAUUCCGUCAGUUCGAACUUUGGUUUUGGGUGGGGGGCCAUUUCUCCGUCUGUUUUUUCUGUUGGCAUGAUAGCAGCAACAUGAGAGUUGGCAGGCUGUCUUACCUGUCUUCCCCUGCUUGAUUUCCUGCAAUCUUAGGACUCAUUUGGUUAUGCUCA